CUAAGUUCAUCAGAAUGUAAUGGCCGGACCAUGGUUUGAAACGAAGUGACGGAGAAGAUGGCUGUUACGAAUCUCUUUUGUUUCACGCUGGCAGUUGUCCUGUGUAUUACCACAGACUUUACGUCUGCACAGGGACAAGUGGCGAGAUGGUGUACGAUAAGCAGAGCAGAGCAGGUGAAGUGUGAAGAUUUGCAGCGUGCAAUAGAGGCUGUGAGAAAAGAGUUGGAGCCUCCUGUGAUAGACCCGAAAAAUCCAAACCCCACAGGAAUUCCACAGUUCUUCUGUGUCCGAGGCGAGGAUGUGUUUGACUGUAUGAAGAAGAUUGAGAACAAUCAGGCCGAUUUGAUCACUCUGGAGUCUGGACAAGGCUACUUCGCAGGACGAUAUCACAACAUGAUGCCGCUCAUGGCAGAGAAUUACAAUGACAAUAUGCAGGACCCUGAGACUUUCUAUUAUGCUGUGGCAGUGGUCAAAGCAGACAGUGCUAUUAACCUCGAUAAUCUGAGUGGUAUGCGGUCCUGUCACACUGGUAUUGGUCGAAGUGCAGGCUGGGUGUAUCCCAUGGGAAAAUUAAUAAACAGAGGCAUAAUACAGACAAAUGAGUGCAAUGCAGCUGUUAAGUCCGUCUCCAAUUUCUUCGGAAAAAUGUGCCUACCAGGAGCGCUUAACUCCUUCUACAAUCCUUUUGGAAACAACCCGACGAGCGUUUGUGCAAUGUGCACUGGAGUUGGCGAGGAGUGGUGUUCUUCAGAUGACCCUUAUGCUGGCUAUGAUGGCGCGUUCAAGUGCCUGGCCCAUGGUGUAGGUGACAUAGCCUGGGUCAGGGACAGCACUGUCAGCCAGAUGGUCAAGUCUGGAGGAUUUAAAGCCGAAAAUUAUCGUCUUCUUUGUCCGAAUGGAAAUAAAGAGAGUGUGGACAACUUUAAAAACUGUGAAUGGGGACGAAUUUCUUCUCACAUCGUCAUGACAUCAGGGAUACGAGAAAUGCAGAUGGUGAAACUAUACCGAGAGUUCCUUGUAAACAUUUCUGCAUGGUUCAGACCGACUGGGGCCCAUUUCCAGAAAAUGAAUUUGUUUGAUUCCAGUAAAUACAGUGUGUACGAUCGCUCUAACCUGCUGUUUACUGAUGGGACCAACAACCUGUGGAAGUUACCAGAGCAGACCAGCUACUACAGCUGGGUUGACACGGAGUUCCGUGGGAUGCUAAAUGAUCUGAACCGAUGCCCAGUGCGCAUUGUGCGAUGGUGCGUCCUAUCAGAAGAAGAGAAAGAGAAAUGUGAGGACAUGCUGAUGGCAUUCCGUGCGAAGGAUUUGGAACCCGAUUUGGAUUGUGUAUUAGGGGGUGGUACCGAGGAUUGUGUCCGCAUGAUACGAUAUGGAGACGCCGAUAUGAUGACACUGGAUGCUGGCGAUCUCUAUCAUGCUGGAAAAGAACAUGGCUUGGUGCCCAUUGCCCAGGAGGACUAUGGUGACAUGACAGGCGGAUUCUAUGUUGUGGCUGCCGCUAGAAAACCUGAUUCCUACCUUACGUUGUUUAACCUUAAAGGGAAGAGGUCGUGUCAGGGGGGAGUCAGGACUGGUGAUGGAUGGUUUGUGCCUGUCAGCACUUUCAUGGAAACCACGCAAAUUCGACCGGAAUCUUGUAAUAUCUUUGAAAACGUUGGAGAGCUGUUUGCCCGCAGCUGUAUCCCUGGUGCCCUGGAAUACAGUUACAACCCAAAGGGUACACCAGUGAAUCUGUGUGAAGGUUGUGCAGCUGGGGGGUACAGGAAAUGUCAACGCAACAACCUGGAGCUCUACUACAAAGCUACAGGUUCCUUCAGAUGCUUAGUGGAAAAUGGAGGUGAUGUUGCUUUUGUCCGACACCUCACUGUUCGUAUAAAUACUGAUGGUCGUAAUGCGGCUAUCUGGGCACGAAACCGGCGCUCUGAUGACUAUGAGAUCAUGUGUAAAGACGGCAGCAGGAAGGCCAUUGAUCAGUACCCCUCCUGUAACUUGGGCUGGGUUCCAUCGAACGUUGUGGUCACAGGAAAACACAAGUCCGCAAGAGAGAGAGAGAUCUAUUGGAAUCUUCUGAAUUAUGCUCAACAAUUCUUCUCUACUGACAGCGACUCUGACUUUGCGAUGUUUAGCUCGGGCAUCAACCAGAACGACCUGCUGUUCACAGACGCUGCUGUGCGCUUGCUACAGAUCAGCGAGGACAAGCAGGAUUAUAGGAGUUACCUGGGCGGAGAAUUUCUGUCCAUGGUGGAGAAUGUGGAAAGGUUUACCUGCAGUUCUUCUCACAAAACUAUUGUAAAUUUCUCACUUCUGUUUUUAGCCAUAGCCUUCAAGUUUGUGUUAUAGCUUCAUCUGAAUUUUUUCAUGAACAUAUAAAAUUUUAGUAGAAUUUGUGAAAAGAAAGAGUACGAUUUUGUACAUAUCUACAUUACAUUGUGAAAUGGAAUUUUCUACUGUAUCGCUGUACAUAUCAUCUCUACUAGUGUGUAUAUACUUGCAGGACAAAAUGAAAAAACAUGCAUUUUAUAUAUUCUUGAAUACAUUCCCAUUUAUGUUGAUGUAAUAAAUAGUUUUUAAUAAAUAUUUGAUUAUAUAAAUGGUCAAAACUAUAA